CUGUAACUUUCACGCUGUCUUGUCGGAACAACUUUUUUAUUCACUUAUUACCCAUGACGAAUUUCACAGUGAAUUCUUUUUCAACACCGCAUCAAUUAAGUCCUACUGCCAAUGUAAUUAAUUAUUGUUUUCCAACUUCAAAUUAUAAUUUCUCAACAGCGGAAAAUAUAGAACUAUAAGCUCUAGAACCAUCUGUCGUUUCCUUACAAAAUGCGUAAAGCGCCUCGCCCACAACAACCUGACGAUUCAGAAGCAUCAAGCACCAAGGAGAAAGGAAAUCCGAAUGCUACACCCACUACGAACGGGAAAGGAAAGAGAGUUGCAAGCAGUGCAGUUAAUGCAAAUGCAUCAGGGGCAAAUAGCACACUCACUGCGCCUAGUGCUGUAGCAGGAGCUGCGGGAAAUACCAACACCGAUGGCAAUGUUGGCGUAUGAACCUCCGCCAUCAUAUUUCAACUCGAGCACAAUAGCUAACAUAUAACUUCUUUCAUAGAUACAAUGGUCAGAAUUUGACCCAUCUGUAUUGCACAGUUAUCGAUACGAGCACGGGAUGCAUACGCCUCCUGCCUUCAAUAGUUCAUACAAUCAAAUCGUUCUUUCCCAAUCGAGUAUCGGCCGUAUGUCACCAACUAUGGUUCGCAAGAAGGAACAUAAGAGGCAGAGCAAAGAGCAAUUGGCCAACACUGUGCGCAAGCAUUUCAACAGCCAAUCUGUCAACGAAAAUGACGUUAUUGUAAAGUUCUUAUACAAAGUUCGAUAUCAGGGUUAGUAGACAUAUUAUUUACAUAGUUGGCAAUGAAACGCAAGCUAAUUAUCUACAGAUAAGAAAUUUCGCAUGAGAUUCAUGCCACAGCUGCGACAUAUGGAGCGAUCCCAAGUGGAACGGUCCGCAUAGCAUACGUACAUAGACAAGGCUUUUGGCCUACUUGGCUUCGAUUCUUCAAAAUACGAAAACAGCUCUACGUUUAAUGAUACAGUGAGCAUAUGGCAAGGAAGUAGUGUUAUAGGGAUAAUUGGGUUAGAAUUGUAUAACACAUUGUACAAAAGCACUUAUAGGGACGGUUUUUUUUCGUUCAGGGAGUAGUGGAGUAGGUAUUCUGUGGGAUUUGCAUAUUUGGAAUAAUGACAAUCAUGAUGAUGGACAGCGAGAUAAAGCCAAUACAUACCAAUACAUUUUCGUACCAAGCAAUCCAUCUAUGAAUGGA